CCUCAAGCACAAUGAAUACCAUGAAAACCAGCGCCUCGGGCAGCCCCAAGAAGUUCAACGUCUUCGCCCACGUCAAGUACGAGCACUUGGUGGCAGGAGUUUCCGGCGGAGUGGCCUCCACGCUGAUUCUACACCCUCUGGAUUUGAUCAAGAUCCGAUUUGCAGUGAACGAUGGCCGGACAGCGACGGUGCCGCAAUACCGAGGAUUGGGCAGCGCCUUCACCACCAUUUUCCGGCAGGAGGGUUUCCGUGGCCUCUACAAGGGCGUCACCCCCAAUAUUUGGGGUUCGGGUUCCUCCUGGGGCCUGUACUUUAUGUUCUACAACACAAUCAAGACGUUUAUUCAGGGCGGCAAUACCACCAUGCCUCUGGGCCCCACCAUGCACAUGCUGGCUGCCGCAGAGUCCGGAGCCCUCACACUAAUGCUGACCAAUCCCAUCUGGGUGGUAAAGACGCGACUCUGCCUGCAGUGCGAUGCUGCCAGUAGUGCCGAAUAUAAGGGAAUGGUCCAUGCUUUGACUGAGAUCUACAGGGCGGAGGGUGUGCGAGGUCUAUACCGGGGCUUUGUGCCCGGCAUGCUGGGUGUCUCCCAUGGCGCCAUCCAGUUCAUGACCUACGAGGAGCUGAAGAACGCGUACAACGAGUACCGCAAGCUGCCCAUCGACACGAAGCUGGCAACCACCGAGUACCUAGCCUUUGCGGCCAUCUCCAAGCUGAUCGCAGCGGCUGCCACCUACCCCUACCAGGUGGUAAGAGCACGCCUGCAGGACCAUCACCAUCGCUACAAUGGCACCUGGGACUGCAUCAAACAGACUUGGAGAUUCGAGGGCUUUGGCGGCUUCUACAAGGGCCUAAAGCCCAGCCUGACGCGAGUCGUGCCCGCCUGCAUGGUUACGUUCCUGGUAUACGAGAAUGUGUCGCAUUUCCUGUUGGCAAAGAGGAAAGAGGCUGAGAAAGAUAUCGUUUGAUUUCCUUCCUCCAAUAUUCCUCUUAGUUUUUAUAAGAUAAGGAUGAAUAUACCUCAGUGCGGCGUCUGUGGAAGGAGCAGUUGCUUUCGUGUUGAGCAUGCGCAGCUGCUCUUGAAGUUAUAAGUUUAAUUCGUCGGUUGUUGAAUGAUUCUCUAGAUUGUUUAGGGCGUUCCUGAGCAAUAUCAGCCUGGGAAUGUUCAUUGGAUUCUGACGAAAAGCCAAGCCAUAUGUAAACUAAAAUUGUAAUGUGAUUGAUUUAUGGCACGUAGCUAUAAUAAAUUAUUGGGAAAAUA